AUGCGAAACCCAUUCAAAGCCAAGAAGCAACGUCAGACUUGGGAGGGUCGGUCGAGAGCGCUCACACUGGACGACCCCGUCUUCAAGGACUGGGACAAGGAGGAGCUCAAGUUCGAACCGAGACACCAAAAGUCGGAUGAAGAACUCGCAAAGAAAUCUGCAGCCAGCGACAGCGGCGACCCGUCCCGCCUCUCCGGCGAGCACGCUGGCUCCUACUACAAUUUCGACAGCACACUAGGCUACGCGACCGUCGCUGGCGCCUUCUCUGGUGCUGAGGCCGGGGGGCCAAGCGAUGCGGGUGCGAGCAGCAACGCGCCCGACAGUGGAGCCAGCGCUUCGGGAGGUGGGGAUCCAUCCGGCGGGUCAUCUGCAUGA